AUGUCGAUUGUGCUGCUCCAGCAGAUCCACGCCCUAGCCCUGGCCUCCACUGCCCUUGGCCUCCGCCUGUCAGUCAAAAAGACUUUCGCCAACCUCACACACCUCGAGGUCCUCGGCAUCGACAUUGACUCUGCAGCUCAAACCAUUGGCAUUACUUCAGAACCUGUACUCGCCGCCGGCACUCUGCUGGUCACUGGCGCAUACCCAGACCGGCCCUCGCCGAGCUCACCUGGUGGCUACAGCACCCACUUGGGACUGGCCGCCGACACCACGGCCGUCUUCUCGCAUGAGGUCCUGCGCCGACACCGCAAGAAGAACAUCUGGUUCUUGGAGGCCUUGGCCAUCCUGGAAGCGCUCCGUCUCUUUGCUCCCCUCUGGUCAUCUCCUUUGACGGUGGUUGUCCACGUCGACAAUGAGAACGUCGAGCAUGGUCUCCAUUCCGGCAGCUCACACGACCCACUCACACAGAAGCUGCUUUGGGAGAUCUUUGGGUUCUGCUUCACCCACAACUUCACUCUACACCCCAUGCAUCCAGUUGUCCUUCUGCCAGGGACACGUCGACCAGCCGGCCAACCCCCUCCCACCUUCGCAUCCAGCAUGGGGAUCACUUCGGCAGUGGCUACCUUGCUCUGGAACGGCCUUGCGCCCAGCACUCGAGACUGUGCUGGUGGUACUGUCACCGCUUUCCAAACCUUCUGCACCUGGCACUUGGGUGCCAACAUCGCUUGUCUGCCUGCCACUGGUGUCCAGCUCCUCAAGUGGCUUGGCAGCAUGUCCUCCACCGGCCGUUCAUACCACUCCACCAAGCACAAGCUCAGCCACCUCCGCUCCCACCACGUCAACCUUGGCCUCAGCCUGGCCGGCUUUGAGUGCAGCCAUCUCGAGCAGGCUCUGCGUGGCUACAAGUGCAUCCAUGGCGCUCGGCACACCGGCGCCAAGCUCCCCAUCACGUUGCCCCUCCUUCGCCGCCUUGUCACUGCUGUCGAUACCUUCGGCGACCUCUCUGUGCGCGAUCGCACCAUGUUCAAGGCGGUGUUCACCCUCUCCUUUGCCUGUUUCCUGCACUCGGGUGAGGUCGUCUGGGACUGGCACACCGACCCAGCCAUCGUCCUUCACAUUGGCAGCGUCGAAUUGGCCGCCGACCAUGCCAUCGUCACCUUGCCGGCAUCCAAGAUGGACCCCUUCCACCUUGGCGUCAAGGUCGUCACCCCUCUUGUCGGCAGCCCAGAAUGCCCAAUCGCCCACCUUUGCCACCUGCUCUCUGGUUGUCCCUCUUCUGCCCCCCUCUUUGGCCUCGGCCCAUCUGGGGCAGACCCCCUCCCACACUCGUCGUUCGUUGCCAUCCUUCAGCACACCAUUGCCUUCACCGGCCUGGCACAGUCGGCCUAUGCUGGCCAUUCCUUUCGACGCAGUGCCACCACGUGGGCGGCCCGCCUUGGCGCCAGCCCCGAGACCAUCCAGUGCCUCGGCCGUUGGAAUUCUGACUGUUUCCGGUGCUACGUUGACCGCUCCACCAGCGAACGCCAUGACCUCUCCGUCACUGCCCUCUUCAGUGUUCGUGACAGCCCCCUCGUCCCCGACAGCGCCUCGUGGCAAGACGUGGGGGCCACCUAG